UUUUUUUUUUUUUUUUGGUACCAUAGAGUUGCUCCGAGAACAGAAGAUAGAGGGAGUCUCGGAGCUCGCCAUCUCCAGCGAUCUCUACAUUGGGAAAAAACAUGGAGUCAGCUCCGGCAGCCCCCGACCCCGCCGCCAGCGAGCCGGGCAGCAGCGGCGCGGACGCGGCCGCCGGCUCCAGGGAGACCCCGCUGAACCAGGAAUCCGCCCGCAAGACCGAGCCGCCCGCCCCGGUGCGCAGACAGAGCUAUUCCAGCACCAGCAGAGGUAUCUCAGUAACAAAGAAGACGCAUACAUCUCAAAUUGAAAUUAUUCCAUGCAAGAUCUGUGGAGACAAAUCAUCAGGAAUCCAUUAUGGUGUCAUUACAUGUGAAGGCUGCAAGGGCUUUUUCAGGAGAAGUCAGCAAAGCAAUGCCACCUACUCCUGUCCUCGUCAGAAGAACUGUUUGAUUGAUCGAACCAGUAGGAACCGCUGCCAACACUGUCGAUUACAGAAAUGCCUUGCCGUGGGGAUGUCUCGAGAUGCUGUAAAAUUUGGCCGCAUGUCGAAAAAGCAACGAGACAGCUUGUACGCAGAAGUACAGAAACACCGGAUGCAGCAGCAGCAGCGAGACCACCAACAGCAGCCUGGAGAGGCCGAGCCGCUGACUCCCACCUACAGCAUCUCGGCCAACGGGCUUACGGAGCUUCACGACGACCUCAGCAGCUACAUUGACGGGCACACCCCCGAGGGCAGCAAGGCAGACUCUGCCGUCAGCAGCUUCUACCUGGACAUACAGCCUUCCCCGGACCAGUCAGGUCUUGAUAUCAACGGAAUCAAACCAGAACCAAUAUGUGACUACACACCAGCAUCAGGCUUCUUUCCCUACUGCUCUUUCACCAAUGGAGAGACGUCCCCAACUGUGUCCAUGGCAGAACUAGAACACCUUGCACAGAAUAUAUCUAAAUCACAUCUGGAAACUUGCCAAUACUUGAGAGAAGAGCUCCAGCAGAUAACGUGGCAGACCUUUCUGCAGGAGGAGAUUGAGAAUUACCAAAACAAGCAGCGGGAGGUAAUGUGGCAGUUGUGUGCCAUCAAAAUUACAGAAGCUAUACAGUAUGUGGUGGAGUUUGCCAAACGCAUUGAUGGAUUUAUGGAACUGUGUCAAAACGAUCAAAUUGUGCUUCUCAAAGCAGGUUCUCUGGAGGUGGUAUUUAUCAGAAUGUGCCGUGCCUUUGACUCUCAGAACAAUACCGUGUACUUUGAUGGGAAAUAUGCUGGCCCCGACGUCUUCAAAUCCUUAGGUUGUGAAGACUUUAUUAGCUUUGUAUUUGAAUUUGGAAAGAGUUUAUGUUCUAUGCACCUGACUGAAGAUGAAAUUGCAUUGUUUUCUGCAUUUGUCCUGAUGUCAGCAGAUCGCUCAUGGCUGCAGGAAAAGGUCAAAAUUGAAAAGCUGCAACAGAAAAUUCAGCUAGCUCUUCAACACGUCCUACAGAAGAAUCACCGAGAAGAUGGAAUACUAACAAAGUUAAUAUGCAAGGUGUCUACAUUAAGAGCCUUAUGUGGACGACAUACAGAAAAGCUAAUGGCGUUUAAAGCAAUAUACCCAGACAUUGUGCGACUUCAUUUUCCUCCAUUAUACAAGGAAUUGUUCACUUCAGAAUUUGAGCCAGCAAUGCAGAUUGAUGGGUAAAUGUAUCACCCAAGCACUUCUAGAAUGUCUGAAGUUCAAACAAUGAAAAACAAACAAACAAACAAAUUAACCAAGACACUUUAUAUGGCCCUGCACAGACCUGGAGCGCCAACACACUGCACAUCCUUUGGUGAUCGGGGUCAGGCAAAGGAGGGGAAACAAUGAAAACAAAUAAAAGUUGAACUUGUUUUUCUCAUGCAUAUGAUUUCCAUUAUGCCUACAGAUAUGGACCCUUUUUCUGUCUCGACUUCUUGAUCAUUGACCUCUGUUUACAACAGAAGGCGGGUACUAAAGUCAGAGGAUGUCCUUUUUUUGUAGCUCACUGCCCACAGACUUUCUACAUCUGUCGGUAACAACAGAGAGUCCAGCACUAAUCGGUGACUGGUGUGCAUAGCGGAGGUUGCGGCAUUACUUUGCACAACUUGCUCUUUGUCUCAUGAAGGAAGUUUUUAUUUUUUCACCGAUUAUUGCCAGUCAGCAGGAUGGCACGAAAAGGGUCCAUAGCACUAGCAACAAUAGCAUUAUAAUAUAUUACAGGGUAAAUGGGCAUGAAGACUAUAUAUAGCUAAAAGAGAUAUUGUUUAUAUAUUGUUUUAAUUAAUAUAAAAUGUAGUUACUGGUGUAGCUUUUCCUGUUGAAUUGAUAAGGCACUUUCAUUUUGCACCUUUUUUCUUUAAAUUAAAUGCUAGCGUGUUCACUGUCGUGUCGCAUGUGCACCAGAAACACAAGUUUAACUGAGAAGGCUUGGAAGGUACGUCGGGAGGUAUUUAUGCUGCUGUUUACACAAUUACUUUUAAAAGACUGGCUGGUCAUAUCUAGAAAUCACGCUGUUGGAUUAAUUUUUUUUUUUUACACAUGAAUUUGGAAUUAGAAACAGAACUCUCCCUAAAUUGUACUUUGCUUUUGGGUCAGUUUAAGGAUAGAUGUGUUUAUGCUUCAUACAAAGUUGAGUGAUUGAUUGAUUGGUGCUGUGGACUUACACCCUCGCACACAGUAUUUUUUAAAAGCUUUUGAAAAUGCCACCUCAUUGAGGCAGGGGAAGGGAGGCUCAUUUUGCACAGCUGCGUAGUUAUAUAGACUCGGCCUCAACUUGGAGUUCUUAGGCUUUAAGAACAGAUCAGUAACCAGAAUAUUUAUCAGAAUCUAGCUUUUAUUAGAAGAAAGACCCAAAGAUUAUAUCUGGAGCAAAUGCACACUCCCCAUGUGAAAACAUGAAGCAUUUACUUUGUGAAUGUUUAUGUUCUUGGUAUAAUCUAGGAACCCUGAGAGUUUAUCUCAGAGUGAAUGGUUUCUAGACUAACUGCCUCUAGAUGGUGUCAUUCUAGAACACUGUUCUCCAUAUUUCAUAGUCAAUGGAUAGGAGGGCAAAGGAGGCGUGCAAUGUUGAACCAGUUUCUCUUAUUUAAGUAUUAAAUAUUUUAAGCCUUUAAAGUGAAGUCGAUGCAAGCUGCAAACAUUUACUUUUGUAUUUAUCUUCACUAGAAAACUGUGGACUGUAAUUUAUUUUAUUAAAUCUUUAGAAGAUUGUUUGGCUUUUGUGUUCAGGUGAGAAAUAUUGAGUUGUUUUUUUUUUUAAUAAUUUUUUAUUAAUAAUUCCCAGUGGGGGAAGGGAGAAGGAACAGUCUGUUAGACAAGUGUGCAUAUUUUAAAAUAGGUGACCUUUGGGGAUGUAGGCAUUUAGAUGAUGAUUUUAGUCACACUCGGAAUGGGAUUCAGACUUCUGGUCUGCCAUCGAAGACCAUGUUUGUAUAGAAAAGAGAACAUUUCCCGUAGUGUAAAGGUGGGAGUUUCCAAGCAGCCGGGUUACAGCGAAGAAAGCAUCUCCCCUACCACCAGGGUCCCUCCCAAAUCUUCUGCAGGAAUUUGGCUCCUGCUGUCGUGCUGGGUCAUCAAGCAGGAGUUUCCCAGAGUCCUCCACUCUGUUUUUAACUCCACUCUGCUUUCUGAAUUGUUUCCUGAGGGACUUGGAAACGGGGAAGGAAUUAUUCACACCGAAGUGUGUAUGAAGCCUAAAUGACAUCUAAAAAAUUGUUUUUUCAAAAAUAUAGUAAGGGUUUCACCAUAAACAGAAGACGAGAGUAAUAUUUACUUAAAUUUCUUACAAGCAUAUAAAACUUUAUGGGACUUUAUAUAGAGAGGUAACUAUCAGCAUAUAGUAUUUAUAUUUGGGCAAGAAGGGUUAAAUCAAAUUUUUUAUUUAAAUAAGCAUAGUUCCUUGAAAGAUCAAUAGUAUUUAUACUCUGAAAAGAGUACCAAGCUUAGUUCGGUUAUUUAUUUAUCCAUUUUUUUUUUCCUGUUGUUUCUCCUUUGGGGGGAAAUGGUGUGUUUUUAUUUUGGUUUUGGUUUGUUUUUGCUUUUUUUUUGUCAUUCUGAUUCACUAAAUUUGGGGAUGGUUUUAUUAAAGUCUAUUAACUUCUUUUUAACCAAAGCUUUCUGAAUAUGACCAGCCUCAGGUGCUAGCGCAUUAAAGAGCAACUAAACCUAAUUCCAGUGUCCAUUUGUGAAAUGAUGAGAGCUAAUUGAACUUCUCUGAGGGUGAGAGAGAACACAAUGUUGAACUUAAAUUCCUUUUCCCAGAAAGGAUUUUGCAUGUACCUAAUGCAAAAAAAAAAAAAAAAAAAAAAGAUGCUCUAAUCUCAGUAAUAGUCACACCAUGGUGACAUUGCUUUUAGAGUAAACCAAGAUACAUUGACAUGAUGCUGCUACUAGGUCUUUGUGAAAGAAAUACAGGGUGUGAGACUUUAAGACUAAGUACAUCGACAGUGUAGGAACAGAGUAGAGAGUAAUAGAGGCGUGCUAGGUGAAAUGAGGGAACAACUAUUAUUCGGAUCGAAGUUGGGAUCUGAAGUUAAACAAUAAUCUCUUGAAAAAAAUAUGAGGUACAGAGAAGGAUGUGAAAAACUUUGUAUUUUUAUUUUCUUCUUUAUUAUAGAAACACCUGUGUGAUGACACAAAAUACUUGGUGAUAUAGAACAAUUAUUAUUAAUCGUUCUUAUAAUUAAAAUUUCCUAAUCUUAAAUGUCCAAUAGUCUUUUGAAGAUUGGAAUCACAUCAUUGUUAUCCCGGCUGCUGUAAUGCCUUUUAUACAAUAUUUUAACAUAGGGUAAAUAAGGCUUUUGCACAGAGCCUGAAUACCUUCGGUUACAGUGGUGUCCAAAUGAUUGCAUUAUAUUGUGAAGAAACUGGCCGUGGUCACAAUGAAAUCAAAAGUGCAGGUGAAAGUGCUUUUGGGGGCAGUUUGCAAAUUGCAGUUAAAGCUACGGAUUUUUUUUUUUUUUUUAAGUGUUCAGCAUCCCAAUUUGCUUUAAAGGUGUGGGUUUUUUUUUAAGUCUUCAGCAUCCUAAUUCACCCUUUCUAACUUAAAGAAAACAUGACUUAAGACACUGCUUCUAAGUUUGGUUGUUCUUUAUAGUGUGGAUAUUCAGAUCUCUGUGAGUGUAUGGGGGUGGGCUGAGGGUCAGAUGAGGAGGGAGCGUGUGUGUGUGUGUGUGUGUGUGUGUGUGUGUGUGUGUGUGUAUGUGUGUUUAUGUCUGUGUGUAUGGUUUUCGUGUGUAUGAUGUGUGUGUGUGUCGAACCGCUUCUAGGCUACUAAGUGUCAAUGGAAAAGAAAAUGUAUUCAAAAUACUUAAAUCAAAACUAGAAGAUGGAAAAAAAAGAUUUAUUCUAUACAAAGCCUUGUCUGGACCACUUUAGAGAGACUUCUAUUUUUUUAACCCUUCUAUAAAUAUUUGAUGGCACUUGAAAUAUUCCUGCAAUAAAAUGUGAUUUGUGUAAAGAAAAAAAAAAAGAUUUUGUAAUGUGAAACAAAGAAAGAAAGUAAUGUAAUUUUCUAAAAAAAAAAAUACAAACAAACAAACUUUGUAUUAUUUUCUUGAUGGAAUUUGUCUAUCUGUCUUUGGAAAACUUUUUAUUUCAUUGAAUGUGCCAUAGUAGAAAUACGUGUUUUUAGUUUUAGACUUAAGGAAUAGCUGUUUGUGUUCCGACAUUCCAAAAUGCAAAACAACCUAGUAGAAUCUUUAAUGAAAAGGUUUAAGUAGGAUGUAAGCUUCUCUCAUUGUUGCUUUUUUGCACAUGUUCUUCAUUCCUCUCUAGUGCAAUAUGUACAUAGAGCACUUGCGGGUGUACCUUGAUCCCUCAGGGAAAAAUACAUAUUUGUACAGUUUUUUUUUGGUUUUGUUUCUUGUUUUGUUUUUUGUGGUUUUUUGCCUUUUGGUUUUGGCUAAGGAAUGUCGACUGAAUCACUUGUUAUUGUUGAGGGGCAGCCAGAUAAUAAUCCUAAAGCCACUGUUUCAAACAUUGAUUGUUUAAAUCAUGUGUCCUUCCAGUGCUAUUAUUUGAAGAUAAUAAUAAUAAAAAGUUAUUUUCUGACA